AUGUGUAUGCCUACGAGUAAUGUCUCGGGCUUCGGGUACUCUUGGGGCUUUACAAGCACCGCGGACCUCACAAAGUGUGAAGUGGAUACUCCUAGUAGUUUAAGUUAUACUUUAGGUAACACGGUUUCGCCAGAAACAACAUUGACUGUUAUGUCCAAUAAGAGUCCACAAGUUCAAGAAAAAGUAGGUACAGUUGUGGCAGUAACUAAUGCAGCAACACAAGUAACAAGGGUUGUGACUACAGGUACUCCUGUAGCUGGUAGAAGAGCUAUGUUUGUUUUAAAUGAACCUACCCAUACAAUAAACAGAGUGUCACAACAAAAUCAAACAGCAACCAUACAGACUGCAAAUCUAGCGUCAAAGCCAUUCAUGACACCCAUAGGUCCAAUACAACUAACAGCGGAAGAAUGUAAUGAGAUAUUAAUGAAGCGAGCCUUACAGGCUCAAGGGAUCGCCACUCCAGUAAUAGAUGCUUCACAGUUAAAUCAUUCAUUAUUGAAUGGUACAAUAAAAACUUUGGCCGAAGCAACCUCACAGCAGUCUCAAACCGACACAAUACCAACAACGACUGUACACCAACAUCAUUUGUUACAUGCUAAGCAAGAGCCAGGUACAGCAAAUAAUUCUCCCAAAACUGUGUACUCGCAGACAGAAUUGAUGACAAAUGCAGUGAUGACAGUAGCACCGCCUGUUAAAGAACGGCCAUACUCUUGUGAUGAGUGUGGAAAAUCAUUUCUGCUGAAGCAUCAUCUUACUACACAUGCUAGAGUACACACUGGUGAAAGACCUCAUGUCUGUGGCCAUUGCGGGAAGGCAUUUGCAAGGAAGCACUGUCUCAAUACACAUCUGCUGUUGCAUUCAGCAGCCAGACCUUACAGAUGUCAUGAGUGUAAAAUGGCAUUUACUCUAAAACAUCAUCUUGUUACACAUUCAAGAGUGCACAGCCGAGACCGUCCGUUCGUGUGCGGCGAGUGCGGGCGCGGCUUCCCGCUCAAGCGGCACCUGGUGACGCACAGCAAGUACCACGCCGGCGAGCGCCCCUACGUGUGCACCGACUGCGGGGAGAGCUUUGCGCAGAAGGAGCACCUGGUGAUGCACAGCCGGUUCCACGGCUCGCUGUCGCCGUUCGUGUGCCCCGACUGCGGCGUGGCGUUCGCGCGCAAGUUCCAGCUGGUGAACCACGGGCGCGUGCACGGCCGCGUGCCGCACUCCUGCCCCGUCUGCGGGAAGGAGUUCCUGCAGAAACGGACCCUCGUUGCUCAUAUGAAAAUACACACAGGAGAAGGUGCAGUAGCGUGCUUAGAGUGCGGCGACGCCUUUAAAUGCAAAUCAGAAUUACAACAGCAUUGUAAAAUGACAAGACACUGUCUUUCCACAAUUCAACCUCAGCAACAAACUCAACAACAGCAGCAACAACAACAACAACAGCAGCAGCAGCAGCAACAGCAGGCUCAGCAACAACAGCAGCAGCAACAGCAAGCUCAGCAGCAGGCUCAACAACAAGCUCAGCAACAACAGCAGGCUCAGCAACAGGCUCAACAGCAGCAGCAGCAGCAACAACAGCAACAGCAGCAGCAACAAACGACUGUUAUCAAGCAAGAUGAAUUCAAGCCACAAAUAGUACAAGUUAUUGGUGCAGACGGGCAAAUAAUUACGGAGAAGGCUACACCGGGAUAUGUUUGUCCUGAGUGUGGUUCAUGUUUCAAUACUAAGGAGGCGCUGUCGCUGCACGUGCGGCUGCACGCGGGCGACCGCACGUGCGUGACGGACCUGUGCGCGCUCACCGCCGCGCUGCAGCCCGGCCUCGUCGCCGCGCACAAUCAACCAAUUCAGAUCAUCUCGUCUAACCCCAACAAUGUAGUGCACACACAAGUAAUAGCAACAAAUUCCCAUCACAUAACAACACCGCGGCCCAAGUUACAUUUCUGCGUAGAAUGUGGGAAGGGAUUCGCUGCGAAACACGGUCUAUUAGCGCAUCAUAGGAGACAUCCCGACGGCAGCUGCACGCUGCGGACGCACGUCUGCGACCAGUGCGGCAAAGCUUUCUUCCAAAAGAAUCAUCUCAUGCUGCAUCAGAGACAACACAUGGAUUUGCCACCCAGAAAUACACAAACACAAGUGCAACAAGUAACACAACAAGCGCAACAAGCAGCGGCUCAGCAAGCUGCCCAACAGGCGGCGCAACAAGUCGCUCAACAAGUCCAACAACAGGUCCAGCAGCAACAACAGCAGCAACAGCAACAACAGCAGCAGCAACAACAACAACAACAUCAGCAACAAGUCCAACAUCAAAACUUAGAAUUAGAACAGCAGGAUCACCAAACUAGGCAUAUACAAGUGGUAACAAACAGAUCGGGUCAGGUGAUCGGCAACCAGAUCGUUGUGGGCACUGUGGGCGGGCGCCGUCUGUUGGGCUCGCCGCUGCACAUCGUGGCGCGCGACAAGGCCCUCUCGCAGCUAGCACAUAAGAGGCACGUUGGUGACGUAAAAGAAGUUGGCGGCCUAGUGCUCUCCACCGGUCGAGGGACGGGACUCAUCAAGUACGAGAUAUCGAUCCCGCCGCCCACAUCUGUAGUGCAAGUGCAACAGCUCGAC